UAUCUUGCUGAGGCUAUCUGCUACUUGUCUCAACAAUUCGCUGAAAAAUAAUAUUUUGCAUUAACAGAAAUGCUUUAACAACCGAUAUUAUACAUUUGUUAAAAGGAUCAUGGAUAUUGAAACGGAGAAUGUGAUAAAUCUGAUAUUUCCGGAAGGUAUCUCGGAAUCUUGGAAAGAAAAUCCCAAUUUUUAUCAGUAUCUCUCAAAACUUGGAGGCUUUGAUGUAGAUCAGCUAAGUAAAGAACCUGAUCAUUUAUCUGAUGAAAAAAACGCAGUGCUUCAAACUACACAGAAAUUAGUCUUUGCAAAUUAUAAAACUUUUAUUCAGACAGCAGAAAGCUCACGAGAGAUACUCAAUCAUUUCAAUGAGACCGAAAAUCGUCUUGACAAACUUGUACAAAAGAUCCCAGAAUUUGUAAGGAAAUGCCAAUCGUUUUGCGACACUUCAAAAGAUAUUAAUGCACAUCGAAGAUUAAAUAGCUUAACACUAACGCGAAAUGCAGAACUACUUGAAAUUCUCGAGAUGCCCCAAUUAAUGGAAUCGUGUCUGAGAAGCAACCAAUAUAACGAAGCAUUGGAAUUGUCUCAAUAUGCUCGUCAAUUGGGAAUGAAGCAUGGGGAUAUUCCUAUUAUCUCGUCUAUAGUAGCAGAGAUCGAAAGCAGCUGGUCAGGUAUGGUAGGACAAGUAGUUGGCUCUCUGAGAGGAGAUUUACCGCUUCCAAGAUGUCUUCAACUUGUCGGUUUGUUGCGGUCUAUGGAUGCAUUUACAGAAUCAGAACUUCGUAUAAAAUUCCUUCAAGCGAGAGAUAGCUGGCUCCAAGGCUUGCUGAAUGCAAUACCAAAGGAAGAUCCUAAUCUUCAUAUGACCAAAACAAUAGAAUUAUCCAGGAUACAUUUAUUCAAUAUAAUAACUCAGUACAAAGCUAUGUUUAACGAUGAUGAAUUAGUAAUUCCCGGCCGCGACUUGACAUUAAAUGAAUCUGCGAUAUUUUAUCAUUGGUUGGAGGAAAAGAUAACACAAUUUCUUGCUACACUAGAGCAAGACUUACCAGGCGUAACGUCUAUAGAUACCAUUUUGGGUCAGUGUACAUACUUUGGAUUAUCAUUUGGUCGAGUGGGUGUCGAUUUCACUGGUCGAAUGUCGGAUAUAUUUGUACGAAUUAUCGGUGAAAGGUUUGAACAGAACAUUCGUAGAACAACUCGAAAGUUUGAAAAAGAUAUGGAAACAUUUACGUUGAUUAACAAAACGCAACGACUUGAUGUAAAAAUAGAGACUUGUAUUCAUUCUGAAAAUCCGCCUGAACAACUGGCAGAAUUUUAUCCUCUGGCCGAAUACUGCAAUGGGAUAAUAACUGCAUUCAAUGAAUUGAGACUCUGUGCACCGGUGGCACUCUCCACUUUAUGCACAAAAUUGCUACAAGAGUCAUUGCAUAAUGUGGCAAGGGCUAUGCUGGUAUUUUACAAGCAAGAACAGCAAGCAUUUGCUGCCGCAGAACGAGAAAACAUGAUUAAGUUUACAGAAUGUUUAAGCGAACAAUUAAUACCUUAUAUACAGUAUUGUAUACAUGCAAUUUUUCCACCUGCCCAAAUUGCAUCUCAUUUAGGAAUAUCAGUCAGUAUAUUGCAGAAAGAGGAGAUCACAUAUUUAAAUAAGCGGAUUGUAAUAGAACCUGUGGCUAUACUGUUACCUAUUAGAAAAGAUUGUUUGGCUUCCAAAUCAUGUACAUCUAAUAUACAGCCAUUAAUAUCACAUAAUGUAAGGAAUUCUUCUAUCAUAACGUCUCUACCAAUAGAAACGAUAGAUUCAAAUUUGAGGAAGACUACAAUGACAGAAAAAUCAAAAGAAAACGAAACUAUUCAACAAGGAACGAUAUAAAAGUGUGAUAUGCAAAAUUCGCAGAAUUUUAGCGAUGAUGUAAAGAGUAUUGUAUAAUAUACUUGAUGU